AGCGCUUCAAGCAGCAGAGAGCAGAAAUCUGAACUGCCUUUAGACAGGUCUGAAACAUAGGAAUGGAUGUACGCUGUAGCGGUUCUUAUGUAUGGGUGAAGCACAGAAGACGGCAGGACAGAGCUCAGCAUCCAGGAAAGCAGUCUGUCCAACACUAUAAGUUGAGACCGCAACAUUCACUGGAAGAAAACAAAGAGCACCAGAUGGAGAGAAAAUCAAAUGGAGUAGAAGACCUGUUGCUUCGACUUGGUCUGAAGAAGAAAUAUGAAGACAAACUUACCAGCACACACUUUCUUGAAAUAUCCAAAUCCACUUUAGAGUACAAAGAGCCCAGUAAAGAGAACGAACUGGUUCAUGUUUUCAUGCAGCGGCUUUUGACAGGAGAUUACAGAGCAAGACACAUCUCUGUCAGAAACGAAACCAACGUACCUAAAUCUCUGACAGGAGCUAAAGGAGGUGCUUUUGCUGCUCUUUUUAAAAAACAGAAUGUAAAGACUGAAAGGAAACAGGCUGAGAUUCACCCAAUGGAUGUUCAGAUGGCAGUGUUCCUUUGUGCAGAUCAUUUUCUUCAACAAAUCAUGGUGACUAAACUGGCACAGUGUCAGUAUGCGAUCCCUCUGCUGGUACCCAAUCCCUUUAGUGAUAAAAUUGAAUUUCCUCUCUGGACAAUGCAGCAAAUCAACAAGAGCUGGAAGUCGACUGAUGCUUCAGGACAAAUCAUCAGCGAGACUCGACCUGUUUCCAAAGCAGAAACUCCAAUGGUGGCAUUCUUCAGGCUUGGGUCUGUUUCCUCAUCCAAGUCUCAGCUGAUCAACAACCUGAUUAAUGAGAGGCACAACACAUUUUUCCACAGACACUGUCCAGGCAGCAGCAGAAACCGUCUACUGAUGGAUGGAGUGGUAGAGAUCGCUUGGUACUGUCCAUCUGGGAGAAGCUCUGAUCAUUUCACUGAAUGUGUUGCUUUCUGUAAUCUUCAUGGUGAUUCCAGCAGAGCUGUAACUCAGAGAGAGAUACUUACGACCACGGCCUCUGUAAAUAUUGUACUUUUGCCUAAGCUUGAUGAGAAUGAUAAUAAUAUGAGACUUGUAGAGGAGCUUUGCAAAUCUCCAACACCUCUCAUUGUUGUUCUUACUGAUGAAGAGAAUGAUGAUGAAGAUGAUGUGUGUGAGAUCAGUACAGGAAAAUACAGAGUGGAACUAAAAAGUAGAAGUCAGUCUAAUGCGUCUAAUGUACUCAGAAAUAUUAUCAGGAAAUGUCUCUCACAAAAACACAGGACCUUCAAUCUUGAGAAAAUGACCAACAACUCAGAGGUCAGUGUGGAUGAGCACAAUGAGGCCUGUAAGAGAGGAAAGGAAGCUGCACAAAAUAUAAUGGGUUUUCUCAAAGGAAAAGAUCCACUGAGGGUAAAAGAGAAAUAUCUGCCCUGCCAGGGAAAACUGUGGCACGACUGGUGCCAAACGAGCAAAGACUUACGGCGACUUCAAAGUAACAACAUAGAAAAAGAGCUCAGCAACAAGAAAACUGAAAUGAAGGAUCUCAGAAGGAAACAACAGGAACAUGGAUUCAGUGACCUCAUGAAGUUAUUUGUCGAUGGUUUGAUCAGUGAGAAAUUAAACCUGUCAGUCAGUGAGAGAGUGUAUUUCCUCAGAUGGACUGAAAUUGGGCUGACUGAAUUCACUUCAGAGAAACUCUCUACCAUCCAACAAGAAUAUUACCAAAAAUGGAUAGAUGUGCAUGACUUGAAAAAAAAGCAAGACAAAUCUGAAAAGCAAAAAACUGAACGAAUAAAUCUGGACGAACUGAAGGCUGAAGAGUCAAAGUUACAAAAAAUAUCAAAAGAACUGAAUGCUGCUAACUUUGGCUUGGAGCACAUGCUGAGAGAGAUGGGCCAGAUUUAUGAAGCCUCAGUCUCUGAAGAAAAAAGCAUGAGAGGGAACCGGGUUGGAAACGUGAAUAAACUGCCUGAACUUGCUGCUAAGCUCAUGAUAUCUGGGCACCCGAUGGAGCUGAUGGACGGUGAUGCAGCUUAUGUUCCUCUAACCUGGGUUUCAGCUGUUUUAGAUGAAGUCAUCAGGAUACUGGGAGACCAGAGAGUUUUUGUGUUGUCAGUUUUGGGAAUUCAGAGCUCUGGGAAAUCCACCAUGCUGAACACCAUGUUUGGGCUCCAGUUUGCAGUCAGUGCAGGCAGAUGCACCAGAGGAGCCUUUAUGCAGCUGGUUAGAGUUUCUGAGGACAUGAAGGAAGAGUGGAAGAUUGACUAUAUUUUGGUUGUUGAUACUGAAGGUCUCAGAGCUCCAGAACUGGCUGGAAGCAACACCAUCCAUCAUGACAAUGAAUUUUCCACAUUUGUGGUAGGAUUAGGAAACAUGACUUUGAUUAACAUCUUUGGAGAGAACCCAACUGAGAUGCAGGAAAUACUUCAGAUUGUUGUUCAUGCAUUCCUGAGGAUGAAGAAGGUCAGGCUAAACCCCAGCUGCAUGUUUGUGCAUCAGAAUGUUUCUGAUAUUACAGCUAGAGAGAAAAUCCUGGAUGGAAGGAGAAAUUUGCAGGAAACACUGGAUAAAAUGACUAAAUUAGCAGCUAAAGAUGAAGACGACUGUACAGAAAAUUUCACUGAUGUCAUUGCAUUUGAUGUAGAGCGUGAUGUGAAGUAUUUUUCACAGCACUGGGAGGGUUCUCCACCCAUGGCACCACCAAACCCAUGCUACAGCGAGAACAUCCAGGAACUAAAGAGAGAUAUUCUUUCUCGUGCAAAAACUAUAGACGGCCUGAAAUUAUCACAGUUUCAAAAGCGUGUGGAAGAUCUGUGGAAUGCUUUACUGGACGAAAAUUUUGUUUUCAGUUUUAAAAAUGCACAAGAGAUCUCAGUGUACAGGAGACUGGAGCAGAAGUAUGGGAACUGGACCUGGAGUCUGAGGAGUGAAAUGAUGACUGUAGAAAACAAAAUGCUGAACAGAGUAGCCAGUGGAAACAUAGAAACAGACCAGAUGAAAGUUCUGGAAGAAGAAAUGGCAGGAACACUAAAGGAUGUCCAAAAUGCAUUUAAACAAUAUUUUGAAGAAGACAAUGAAAAGGAAACACUGAUUCAGUGGAAAUGCAGAUUUGAGACCCAAAUCCAGAACCUCCAUGAUGAUCUAAUAGAGGAAGCAAAGAGGAAAGUGGAUGAUAGCAUUCAGCAGAGAAGCAUGAGACAAAACCUUGAUCAGCAACGUGUGAGCUAUGAGAAGACACUCUUUGAAAAGAGCAAAGAGCUUGCUUCAAGACUUAAAAGACAGAUGAACUGUAAAACGGGCACAAGUAAGGAGUUUGAUUCCAUGUGGGAACAAUGGGUCUCUGAAAUAACUAAACAAGCUCCAAAAAUCAAAGAUGUUAACAUCUCAAACGACAUAACUGAAGUUGUGGGAGAGGUCUACAAACAUGACUUGGUUUCAAAUCGAAAGCGUUCUUCAGAGUAUAGAGGAAUUGGAAGUGUCCAUGAUUACAGCAGCUAUAUCCCAACUUCCAAGGGCGCGAUGGAAAAGAAUAUCAACAACAUUUUGUGGCAAAAUCCUCUUACACCAGAGAACUUAACCCAACCCAUACGUGAUCUCAUUAAUCAGGUCACUGAACAAACCAAAAAACAGGUGGAGUCAUUUCCGUUCUCAACACAGGGAUACAAUUCACAUUAUAUUCAACGCAUUGCACAGGACGUCAAAACCCAGGUGCAGGAAUUUGAAACAAAAUUCAAGAAAGAUCGAAAGUUAUCUGACGAUGUCUCUGUCCUUACCCAAGAUUUCUAUGUCGAUCUCUCACUUUAUGUGUGUGAACAGUCAGCACAAAGCAUCUCAGAGCUUCACAGGAAAUUCAGAGAAGUAAAUGAUCCACUUAAUUAUUUUAAAAAGAAAAGGGAGGAGUAUUUUAACAUCUUUCAGAAAUACUAUGAAGGAGCAACAUCAGCAGCGAUACUUGGAGACCGGGUUUGCGGUAAACUGAAAGAAGCGAUUCUUCAGAGUGUCUACAACAAGAUCGCUCCAUUUGUGUCUGGACAGAUGAGAGAGAAAGCACCAUUUAAUGGGAACAGAGCUGAUCUGGAAAAACACAUUCUCAAGUCUUUAGCAGAGCAGAAGGGAGAUAAGGAUGAGAGGUUUAAAAACUACUUAAUGUACAUGUACCAUCCUAAAGUCCACUUUGAGGAGUUCAUCAAGGCCAGGGUUAAAGAGUUCAUGGCAGCUGAAAACCCAAAAGCAGUUUCUGUAAUUGAAGAGUGCAUUGAUCAGAAACAGACCAGCAUCAUCACUGCUGCAACAAAGACGACAGAUGAAGUCAAACGUGUCAAAGGUGAUGCAAAUCAGUGGCUGGAUGUUUUUACUAAGAGCCUUGCAGAUGAGUUAGGAGAUACAAGAGUUCAGUUGUGUGAUGAAGAGUGUAAAGAUGGCAUUGACUUCGAUGUUCUUGUGGAAGCCAUAAGGAAGGAACUCCCAGCUGUUGUUGAAGAGUUAAAGAAACGUCUCAGUAAGAUUUCACACUUUUCCAUGGAGAAGUUCAGAGAAAGACCUGAUGAGAUUCUAAUCAAACAUUUCUGUGGGUGCUGCUGGAAACAGUGUCCUUUCUGUGGAGCCGUCUGUACCCACAGCCAAGAAGAUCAUCCUGGAGAUCACAAUGCUGAUUAUCAUUGCUCCACUGCAGUGAGAGGAAUGUAUUAUAAGCGCACAACAGAAUUCCGCAUAGAGUUUUGCACAACAGAUGUAGCAAGUGGCCGCUCCUUUUACCCAUCCAGUGAAUCUGAGACUCUUGUUCCUUAUAAAGAUUACAGGAAAGCAGGUGGGGUGUUUGCUGAAUGGGGAAUCUCCACUGAUUUUUCCACGUUAGCUUACUGGAAAUGGUUUGUUUGUGAAUUUCAGGAAAAUCUUGAAAAACACUAUAACAAACAGUUUUGUGGUGACGGGGAGAUUCCUGCUGAGUGGAAAGAGUUUACCCUGUCAGAUGCUGUUAAAAGUUUAAGAAUACAUUAAUACAUUUUAAUGAAAUGGCACUUUUCUCUGCUUUCUGACACAAAAAACAUCUGGAUCUGAUUGAAGAGAGUCCGGCUUACCUGAAUGAGAAGACUUCAUCCACAUCCACAUCCCACAAUACCCAACAACACAUUCAGCUUCACAACCAGAUUCUAGUGAUAUGUACGAGUAUCACAGUGGCUGAUAAUUCAUUUCACGAGACAUUACUCAUUUAACAGGACGACAGUUUUCAGCAUUCUUUGCACGUGUUUUAUUUUGGAUUAAUCUAUUAAUAUAUGAGUGACUAAUUUACUCUAGAUAGGAAACUGAGGUUUAUUGAUUUGUCAAAGAUUCUCAUAAUUAUUUUUAAUGUAAAGUGGAUAUAAACAUCUACAUGAACUUGUGAUUAAAAAAAUAAUCUCAUCUCAUUACCUGUAGCCGCUUUAUCCUUCUACAGGGUCGCAGGCGAGCUGGAUCCUAUCCCAGCUGACUACGGGCGAUAGGCGGGGUUCACCCUGGACAAGUCGCCAGGUCAUCACAGGGCUGACACAUAGACACAGACAACCAUUCACACUCACAUUCACACCUACGCUCAAUUUAGAG